GAUGCACGUAGAGCCCGUACACACCGUGUCCUGGGACACCCCAGCCAGCCGCAUGGCUUCCCUGUGCCCCAGCCCCUGGCCUCCUCUGUUGAUCCCGGCCCCUGCUGUGCAGCUGCUGCUGUUGCUGCUGCUAGUGCCUGCUCAUCCCCAGAGCCUGUCCUGGAUGCAGGGGGAUCCCUCCAUGGGAGAAAGUUCAUCUGGGGAAGAUGAUCCACUGGGUGGGGUGGAUCUGCCCAGUGAAGAGGAUCCACCUGGAGAGAUAGAUCCACGUGGUGGAGAGGAUCCACCUGUAGUUAAUUCUAAACUCGAAGAGGAGGGCUCUCUGAAGUUAGAGGAUCUACCCACUGUUGAGUCUCCUGAGGACAGUCAAGGUCCCCUUGGGGACAAAAAAGAGGACAGCCAUGGCCACAGUCAUUGGAGCUACAGAGACACUCCGCCCUGGCCCCAGGUGUCCCCAGCCUGCGCUGGCCGCUUUCAAUCCCCGGUAGAUAUCCGGCCCGAGGCCACCGCGUUCUGCCGCACCCUGCCACCCCUGGAGCUGCUGGGCUAUGAGCUCCAGCCUCUCCCGGAACUGAGCCUGAGCAACAAUGGCCACACCGUACAGCUGACUCUGCCGCAGGGACUGAAGAUGGCUCUGGGACCCGGGCAGGAGUACCGGGCCUUGCAGUUGCAUCUGCACUGGGGGACUUCAGACCACCCGGGCUCAGAGCACACAGUCGAUGGCCACCGUUUCCCUGCUGAGAUCCAUGUAGUUCACCUUAGCACCGCCUUCUCAGGAUUUCAGGAGGCCUUGGGGCGCCCAGGCGGCCUGGCUGUGUUGGCUGCUUUUCUGCAGGAGGGCCCAGAAGAAAAUGGUGCCUAUGAACAGUUGCUGUCACAUUUGGAAGAAAUUACUGAGGAAGGCUCAAAGACUGAGAUCCCAGGUCUGGAUGUAUCUGCACUGUUACCUUCCGACCUCAGCCGUUACUACCGAUAUGAAGGGUCUCUAACCACACCACCCUGCAGCCAGGGGGUCAUCUGGACUGUGUUUAACCAGACAGUGAAACUGAGUGCUAAACAGCUCCACACUCUCUCUGUUUCCCUGUGGGGACCAUAUGAUUCUCGGCUACAGAUGAAUUUCCGAGCCACACAACCUUUGAAUGGGCGAAUGGUUGAGGCCUCCUUCCCUGCUGGAGUGGACAGCAGCCCUGAACCAGUCCACAUGAAUUCCUGCUUUGCUGCUGGUGACAUCCUAGCACUGGUUUUUGGCCUUCUCUUUGCUGUCACCAGCAUCGCUUUCCUUGUGCAACUUUGGAAGCAGCACAGACACAGAAGUGAGAUCAAAGGUGGUGUUAGCUACAGCCCAGCAGAGAUGGCAGAAACUGGAGCAUAGGACAGAGACAUCAACUAGAGGAAUCUAGACACCUUUUCCUGUCCUGCCGCUUAUACAGUCUCUUUUUAACGACCAUGGAACUUUUCCAUAUUUUAAAACUUUCUUUUCCUUAAAUUACUGCAAUGAGG